AUGAAUCGAGGUGGUAAACUUGCUCCUGAGGUUAAUCGAGCUUUGUUCGUCAAGAAUCUAAGCUACAACGUAACGCCGGAAGAACUCUUCGAUUUGUUUGGCAAAUUCGGCGCCAUUCGACAAAUUCGUCAAGGUAUCGCGACCAACACCAAGGGUACGGCAUUUGUUGUCUACGAAGACGUAACGGAUUCUAAGACUGCCUGUGACAAGUUGAAUGGGUUCAACUUUCAAAAUCGGUAUCUAGUCGUUCUCUAUCAUCAACCGGAGAAGAUGGAAAAGAUGCGCGCCAACUCAAAUCAAUCGGAUUCAUACGCUGCUCGCAAGGCGAUCUGCCCAAACGCCGUGUCAAGUACGAAGUCUACAGCGUCUAUGGGCCCGUCAUGCAGGGUUGGAAAUGUCUCACCAUCGGAGGAUGUUAGGAAUAAGAAAACACAACGAACACAAUCUGCACCAGUCACGACCAGGAAAUCUUCUACUGCGACUGCUAUGCAUAGAAAGGGAGGAAAUUAUCUACAUUUGGAACAUCAUCGUGAGAUUGGAGGUGCAGCGGUGGCAGGUGUUGCAUAUGGAUAUGCUCUGCUUUGA